CGGGCGCAGACUAAAGUAGAGGAUCACAGACCUGGUUGAUCGAAGAUGGUAGGUAGCGGACGGAAAGCAACGAGGACGUGAACUGACUAGCAAAGAGGGCAAAGCGAGAUAUCUACAUCUGGGUAUUUAUUGCAAAUAAACCCAGACAAUAUCUGUCAAACAUUACCUUAAGAAAUCGAAAGACAUGCAGACAUGAAGCGAGUACGCACAGAGCAGAUCCAAUACACUGUGGCUCAGUACCUGAAGAGGCGGCAGUAUGUGGACACAGACAGCUCCCUGAAGGGAUCCAAACUCUACCAGUCGGCUGAAGAGAUGGCAGCCAGCCUAACAGUCCAGACAGAGUCUGGCUGUACCAACAUUGUCUCUGCUGCCCCUUGUCAGGCUGACCCACUGCAGUAUGAGACACAGUUCUCCAGACUGCGCUCCUUCCUCUCAGAAACAGAUAUUCCCUGGGCUAAGGAGGUGAGCAGCAUUCUGUACCCGCUUUUUGUCUACCUCCACCUGGACAUGGUACGUUGUGGCCUCAAGGGGGCAGUAGAUGGAUUCUACAGUCGUUUCCACUCCUCCUUCCUUCAGGACACUGAGCAGCGUGCCACUGUGGAGCAGCUGCGCCACGUCCUCACCACUCAGGAUGUUGCAGCCAAUCCCAGGCUGAGUGCUUUUCUGGAGCACAAAUACGUGGUACAUCUGUCUGAGGCGGCCUACAGCUAUCUGCUGCGCUACCUGCAAAGCGAAGAUAACAGCGCCCUCUGCAGGGCUCUUAGCACUCACUUGCAUUUGGAGGUAACCACUACCAGGCGCACUGACUAUCAGCUGUAUGGAGGUGCUGGUGGAUUGGCUGCUGUCCCAAGCUCCACCUCCUCCACUUGGGCGGGAGUGGAUGGUGUGGAGGCUGCUGUGGAGGGCGUAGAGGUUCCAGCUGGGAUCCCGCAGAGUAAAGCGGCACUGGAGGCCCUGCAGGACUCUAUCAAGAGGGUCAGAGAGGGUCCACCUUCACUCACCACCGUGUGUUUCUAUGCCUUCCAUCACACAGAGCAGAUGCUAAACACGGCUGAAGUGUCAGCCAACAGUCGCCUGCUAGCCGCUGGCUUCGACAGCUCCACUGUAAAACUGUGGAGCCUCCUCGCCCGAAAGCUGAAGUCGAGGCCACACCGGGCUGACGUGUCGCGGAUCCACCUGGCCUGUGAUGUGCUGGAAGAGGAGGUGGAUGAUGAGGAUGUCUGUGGCAGUGAGAUCAAAACUCUGCGAGGUCACAGUGGCCCCGUCUAUCGUACCUGCUUCCUGACGGACAGCUCUGGCCUCCUGUCCUGCUCUGAGGACACCACCAUCCGCUACUGGGACCUGGGCAGCUUCACGAAUACAGUGCUGUACCGAGGCCACGGCUACCCGGUGUGGGACGUGGACGUCAGCCCCUGCAGCCUCUACUUUGUUAGCGGGUCCCACGACCGGACCGCCCGCCUCUGGAAUUUCUCUCGCACUUAUUCACUGCGACUGUACGCCGGGCACCUUGCAGAUGUUGACUGUGUCAAGUUCCACCCAAACUCCAACUACUUGGCCACAGGCUCUACAGACAAGACAGUGCGUCUUUGGAGCACCCAGCAGGGGGCGUCUGUUCGCCUUUUCACCGGCCACCGCGGCCCGGUGCUUUCACUGGCCUUCUCCCCUAAUGGGAAGUACUUAGCUUCUGCCGGCGAGGACCAACGAGUGAAGCUGUGGGACUUAGCUUCAGGGACGUUGUUCAAAGACCUGCGGGGUCACACAGACAGUGUCACCAGCCUGUCGUUCAGCCCCGACAGCAGCUUGGUGGCGUCCUCAUCCAUGGACAACUCUGUACGGGUCUGGGACAUUCGAAAUUCUCACUCGGGAACGCCAGCUGAUGGCUCGUCCAACGAACUGGUGGGAAUGUACACGGGAAAUGUCAGCACGGUGCUAAAGGUCCAGUUCAUGGCCUGUAACCUGCUGCUGGUAACAGGAACUGCUCAGGAAAAAACAGAGCCUUAGAAUUGUUUUCACCAGCAAAUCCUGGGGCGUUUUUCUUGUUGUUAGUUUGUAUAAAGCUGAUACUUUCUGUUUCAAAAAUGAUUUAGAUGUUAAUAAUCCAUUUUUUACAGUAAAGAAAGGUGACUAAAUGGCAGUAUUAAAGAACUCUUCAGUGUC